AUGGCAGAGCACGGCUACGACGAGAGCAAUGAGGCGCUGGAUCCCGAGCUCCUCUACACAAAAGAGUACUGCAUAGGAGGGGGCAGCUUUGGCAAGGUCUACAAGGGUGUCGAGAAGAAGAGCGGCCAUGCGGUCGCUAUCAAGAUCAUCGACAUUGAAAGCGCCGAAGAUGAAGUCGAGGACAUCAUACAGGAGAUUGCCAUUCUCUCCGAGCUGCAGUCGCCCUAUGUAACUAAAUACUACGGCUCCUAUGCCAAGGGCGCUGAGCUAUGGAUCGUCAUGGAGUUCUGUUCCGGCGGCAGCUGCGCCGACCUCAUGAAGCCCGGCCACAUUGGAGACGACUACAUAGCCAUCAUCAUGCGAGAGCUGCUCCUCGGCCUCGAGUACCUGCACUCGGACAAGAAGCUUCACCGAGACGUCAAAGCCGCCAAUGUCCUCCUUGGGUCCAACGGGCAAGUCAAGUUGGCCGACUUUGGCGUAUCUGGCCAGCUCUCGGCAACCAUGACCAAGAAGAACACAUUUGUCGGUACACCCUUCUGGAUGGCGCCCGAGGUAAUCAAGCAAUCCGGCUACGACCACAAGGCUGAUAUAUGGUCGUUGGGAAUCACGGCGCUUGAGCUGGCCAAUGGUGAGCCGCCAUACGCCGACAUCCACCCCAUGAAGGUUCUGUUCCUGAUCCCCAAGAACCCGCCCCCGAGGCUGGAGGGUAACUUCACCAAAGCGUUCAAAGACUUUAUCGAGCUAUGUCUGCAGCGAGAUCCCAGGGAGAGGCCGUCGGCCAGGGACCUCCUGAAGCACCCCUUCAUCCGGAAGGCCAAGAAGACCUCGUAUCUGACCGAGUUGAUUGAGCGCCACAGUCGCUGGAGCGCCACGCACAAGUCGGAAGACGACGAGUCGCUGGACGGGGCUGACGAGGUGAGAGAGCGAGAACCCGUCAAUGAGGACAUGUGGGACUUUGGCACGGUGCGCCUUGUUGGCGAUAGAGGCGGCUUGGUCCACCGCCCUGGCCUGAAUCCUAUGGACGAGUCGACGAGGAACGCGCGGGCAUCAAGACCCCUAGACGGCGACUAUGGCGAAAGACCGAGGAGUAACUCGCCCACCAAGACCCAAGACUUUGCCAACCCACCUCUUCCCAGUACGCUCAAGGCGAGUAACACUCCAUCGAUUGGUACUGCACGACAAACGUCACCCCAGCGGAAACCCGUCCAGGGGGUCACUCCAUCAUCACCUACGAAAGUACCUCUACCAGCGUCGCCAUAUAAGCAGAUGCAGGACCCCAGCACCCCGAGACCACUAUCAAAACAGAUGCCACCGCCGCCGACCAUGGCAUCCGCUGACUUUGAUCGUGCGUUGAAGGAGCAGCUACAGCGGGACAUGGCUCAGCUGAACAUAACCCCCGUUUCACAGCCACAAUUUAGCAGCCCCCAGCCAGCUCUGAAUCCCAGGGCCUCGCAGUCACACUUGCAGCAGCAGCAACGCGUUCCAUCCAAGGUUGGCGUUAUCGAUCUGCCAGAAAUCCCCCCUUUCCGGGCCGCCUCGUCGCAGCAGUCACCCGAGAAAGGCAUCAACCAGCAACCUGGACACCAGGCAGCUUUCCCGUCCAAGGCACAGCCGAAGCAGGUUCCACCACCUCCCGAGUCCUUUCCCCCCCCAGCACCCUCCAAUCCCAAUGGCGAGCUCGAUGCUCUGAACGACGUCAUAUUCCCGGCGCUCGAGGAGGCUCUCAAGCGACGCCAGAUUCGCCUUCAGCAGCUGUAUCGGAACGACCACGUCGUUACGCCGCAGCGACAGCGGGCCGAAGCAGCGCAUGAUAAGAUACGCAAGCACGUUUACAAGCUGGCCAACGUGUGCAAAGAAAUUGACCGCCUGGACAAAAGCGAGCCUGUGGGUAUGGGCCGCGAGGUGGGGACCUUUUUAGAGGGAUUGCUAGAAGAGAUCCUCGUCAGGGUUGAGCCUUUAGAUGAGGAUGAGGGCAUGGAUUGA